AUAUAAAGCCAUCGGUGCAUCUUCAUCAUUCAAUAUUCGACGCUUCCUGAGUGAAGACGUCCAGUUUGGUAUCUUUUAUUGAUAAUCUUCAAGUGUUUGAUAGGAUAGACGCACUUAGUUGAAGAAAAUUGAAAAUGAUUUGCCAGUUAGGAGUCAUUCUCGUGGUUGUGACGUACACCUCCGUCACAUCCGCGUUGCCGCCAUGCGUCUGCACACGCGAGAUGAAGCCCGUGUGCGGCAGCGACGGCACGACAUACAACAACAUGUGCCUCCUGAAAUGCCAGCAGCAAUACCUGCCGAGCCUGCAGCUCGAGAGCACCGGACGCUGCAGGGGCGUCAGAGAAACAGGGAACGAGGAAUCUUGCAUCUGCACCCUUGAGUACGACCCCGUAUGCGGCAGCGAUGGACGCACCUACCCGAACAAGUGUGCCAUGGACUGCGACCCCGAAAAACGUGGAACCGUCGAACUAUUACACGAAGGUGAAUGCAGAUCGAAACGAGAGGUCGCUGCCGAGCCUAUUUGUUUCUGCCCGUAUAACUACCUUCCUGUCUGCGGCACGGAUGGUGAAACAUACAGCAACGAAUGCUCUCUUAAAUGCAAAGGUGACGUCGAAGUUGCGUACAGAGGUGCCUGCAGAGCUAAAAGAGAAUCAUGCUUCUGCCCAUUGAAUUACGCCCCUGUGUGUGGCUCCAACGGAAAAACGUAUGGCAAUAAAUGUGCUGCGGGAUGCGAUGGAAAUGUCGCAAUUGCGCACAGUGGCGAGUGCAGAUCGAAACGAGAUGUCUCCGACGCCGUCGAGUACGAUCCUCCAGCGUGCUUCUGCACUUUCGAGAACGAUCCCGUAUGCGGUUCCGACGGUCGCACUUACGAUAACAUGUGCGCGCUAGAAUGUGAAGGAGACAAGGUACAGCUCGCUUACAAAGGAGACUGCAGAGUGAAGCGAGAGAGCGUCAAAAUCGCUGAGCUUCCUCCCUGUGUGUGCACACGAGAAGCCAAGCCGGUGUGCGGAACCGACGGCAAGACCUACUCCAACCCGUGCUUACUGAACUGCAUCAGGGAGCAAAGGGAGGACUUGCACAUCCUGCAUCCCGGCCGCUGUGAGAACGAUCUCAUUAAAGUCCGCGAUUUAAACUUAGAGGCAGCGCCGACGUGCACUUGUGCGAGGAAUCUGCAGCCCGUAUGCGCGUCCGAUGGUAAAACCUACAGCAACGAAUGUAUCAUGCGCUGUAUGGGCAGCGAUUUGACCGUGAAGAGCUAUGGGCCGUGUGACAACGAAGACUGGCCUAAACCAAAUUAUAAGUAGUGAUCCAAAUGAACCAAUUUUUGUACUUAGGAACUUAAUAAAUAUUUUUUGGUGUUAUUUAAAAUCGUUUUUUUAUAAAGAUUAUUAUGUU